AUGCCUGAGAUGGAGAAUGCCAGACUUUCCAUUGUGGAAGAUGUGCCCGUUCCGAAACAGCUUCUGGCUACUGCAAAAUUCAAUUCGCCAUGGGAACAGGUGAAAUGGGAGAAAUCCCUUCCCCAGAAUGACCGGACACAACCUCAAUACUCAGCAACGUCAAAACAAAACCAGUCCGGCGGUAUUGUUCGGUCUGCUAGUCUGUCCACCCGUCGUGUUGCGAGACCUCGCCCGGCGACCCGACCGCAAAGCAAUCCACCCGAGUUACACUCAUGGGAGAAUAUCAGACGAUCCGCCUUUUUGAAGCCUCCAGCCACGGUCCCAGAAAAUGAACCAAUCACGCCGAUCAAAGAGUCGUUCAUCAGUCCGAAAUCAACCCCGACAAACUCGCAAUUCAACAGUCGCCGGAGUAGCAUGUACGAAGUCUACGAAAAGGCCAAAGUGAGGGGCGUUGCUCUUCACAGGAAAUACUGGGUUCGACUUUUGUUUGAAUAUAGUCUCUAUACUCUGCUUAUCCUAUUUGUCUACUUUGUCCUUGUGGGCAUGCCACUAUGGAAAGGAGCAGUAUGGUGGCUCUACUGGGUCGUGCAGACCAAAUUCGUGAUUCAAGGAGGCUAUGCCAUUACAAUUGGCUUGGCUGCAUUAUAUGCCUUCCUCCCUCUCCUGAUCUUAUUCGAAAAGGAUCCUCCGCCCAAGCCCGAGGACAGCGAUUUUGACUUGGAGAAGAAUGAUUCGAAUGUCAAGUCUACAGCCUUAAUUAUCCCAUGCUACAAAUCAGCGACCAUCAUCGGGCCAACUUUGAAAGCAGCCUUGGAGAUCUUCCCCCCGAAGAACAUCUUCGUUAUCGCGAACGGCAAUUCCGAAACACCUCUCGACAACACCGAAGAAGUCUGCCGUCCCUAUGGAGUGAAUCAUCUCUGGGUCCCCGUUGGAUCUAAGAUCGUUGCCCAGUUCGCCGGCUGCUAUGCCGCCAAGGGUUUUGAAAAUGUCCUCCUCAUCGACGACGAUUGCGCAUUACCUCCAAACUUUCCCAUCGUCAGUGACCGACUGAACGGGAAAGUAAAAUGCGUUGGAUACACGAUCAAGAGCGUUGGGCCCAAUUCAUCGAAAGGCACAUUCUGUCAGCAAGCGCAAGAUCUCGAAUAUAAAAUGUCUGGUCUGCAAAGAGCUUUCUUUGGCAAACUUGGCAGCGCAACUUUCCCUCACGGUGCGAUUUCAAUUUGGAAUACGGAAUUUCUGAAGCAGACUUUCUAUGAGCACCCUGGAUUCUCUGUCUCUGAAGAUUGGUUCUUUGGAGAUAGUUGUCGUCGGCUUGGAGGGCGUAUCACCAUGUGCUCUUCCGUUUUUGUCGAGACCGAAACUCCGUCCUCGGUCUUCUUCAGUGGAAGUGGUAGCCGAGGUGGCUUUGGAGAGAUGACUAUUUUCCAGCAGCGAUUCAAGCGAUGGAACUUUUUCUUCGUCGUAGGCAUGUACUAUGACCUGAAGUACAUUAUGACAAGCUGGAAGCUUGGAUGGUGGGAAAUAGGCGCGAAGCUCUGUGUUUUCCAAGAGGUUUAUGAAACUCUUAUCUACCUCUUUGCUCCAUUUAUCCUCCCCAUUUCAUUCAUCGUGCGACCUGGAUUCUGCGGCAUUCUUCUCGGCGCCACGAUCGGAAUGUACAUUGUCAACGUCAUCAUAUUUAAUGAGAUCCAUCUUCGACUGAAGAAGGAGCGUAUCAGCUGGGUCGUCUUGCUCUUUUACUACACAUUCUACAAAAUCGCCCUCACCGUCAUUAAUGUGGUCAGCUGCUAUUGGUCACUCUACAAAUACGCACGCUAUUUCGCCAAACGCCAUCCGAAGGUCAUCGAAGACCGACAAGCGAUUGAGGUUAUCCUGAGCCUCGAGCAGGAAGUGGAACACUCCACAGACGAGAAUGAGGAGCAAUUGUUGAGAGCGCAAUCUGAAAAUGCCAACGCAUACAAGAGAUUGACCCUGACAAGAGUUGGGCCUGAUACGAUGGAAAAUUGGCCUCUGCAGUCGGAUAUGGAACAGCGCUCCGCCCAUGAUUCCCAUUCUUCCCCAUGGAUAUAG